AUGUUAAAAAACCCAUUAACUGAUGCAUAUUCUAAUAUCCAAGAAGAUGAACAACAAGAAGAAAAACAUUCUUCAGGAAUAUUGAUAUGGACUGUUUGGACCGUCAUGACAGUAUUAGCAGUUACUAUAUUAACAGUUUCAAUAAUAAGUUUAAUUUUCUUCAAUAUUAAAAUGAAAAGCACAUAUCAAACAUUUCAACAAUCUACAUUAAUGUUAGCACCAACUGUAUUUAAUCUUGAUUCUAGUAGAUUACCACCUCCAUGUCCAUAUACUGGAAUUGAUUGGGGAGUGAUGGAUACUUUAUUAGUUGGUAGUAUGGAUAAAGAUAAUAAUUAUAUUGAAGUUGAUUCAAAUGCAACUCACUCACAUUAUAUGCAAUCUGGAUUGAAAGAACAACCACCACAAUCAAGAGAUCAUUAUGAAAUGGGAUAUGUUUUAAAGAACUCAUCAAUUGGUAUAGUAGAAUAUUUAAUUCAAGCAAAGCCAACAUUUUCUAUUAGUGGGUUAAAGAAUUUGUUAAUGAAAAUAAAUAAUUAUCCUAAUAUACCUGUUGAUCAACCAGUUCGUCCUGUUAUAUUACAACACGUUGCUUAUCAAAAUGUUAAACAUGUUGCAGAUUCUGAUGAAUGUUUUGAUAUGUGUUAUAACCAAAAUUGUCAAGUAAGUGAACGUUUUAUUGCAAGUGGAUUACGUUCAUUUUCAGUUAUUGGAUGGAACGAUAAUAUUCGUUCAUUAGGUAUGGUUGAUAGGUUGACAGGAACAAAUAAAAUAUUUGAAGGUGGUUUUAUUGUACGUUUACCUAAACAAGAAACUGGACAUACGAUUGGUUAUUUCACUGCUAAUUUUUCAGAUACAAUGGAAAAUAGUAUUUGUCCAAAUGCCCAUUUAGUUCAAAACUGGGAACCAGCUAUUGUUACUGGUGAACUUUUUAAAGAAGAACAUCCAGUUACUUCAGUUUUAUCUGAAAUUCAUCCAACAAAUUCAAAACAAUUUAUUUAUUCAAAUUUAAAUAGAAAAGGUAUUAAACAAAAAACAAGUCCAACUCCUCUCAAGUUAAGAGACAAUAUUUGUAAAGAUAAAAACGAUUAUUGUACAAAAUAUAACCUUAAUGAAUCAUUCACUUAUUAUAUCACUUCAUCUGAAAACUCUUAUCCAAAAUUUGUUAAAACAUUUGGAAAUGAUAUUUAUGAUUUAUGUAUGGGGUAUUGUCCUCAUCAUAAUUUUACUGACUGUAAAGUUUAUGUAUUAAGAGAAUUAUGUGAUGAGUUAUUAGUUAAAAUAUUUGUACCAACUGAUGAUUAUAUGAAAACUCAUCAAAAUGGAUUGGAAUGUUCUUAUACACUUCUUCCAUAUGAAACAUUAUUAAGAAUGAAUUUAUUAAUAAGACCAACUAAAGUAAAUAAAUUGGGAAAUUCAUAUAUGUCAUUUGUUUGUUAUUCUUUUUUACAUUAUAUUUAAAUUUAAUAA